AUGUCAAUUACAGCAGACGGCAUCUGGGCGGCCUCACCGUCGACAACUCGAGGUCAAUCGACUCCCCUUAGUUCGAGCUCCGACGGCCAGUCAAUAGCCUACGCCGCCAACAAGUCCAUCUUCGUCCGCAACAUCGACGACCCAAGUAUUGCAAGACAGUACACCGAACAUGUCUCUCAGACCACCGUCGCUCGUUUCUCCCCCAGUGGCUUCUACGUAGCCAGUGGUGAUGUGUCCGGUACCGUGCGUGUGUGGGAUUGCAAGGGUGAGGGCGCAACCAAGGGAGAAUACCAUAUCAUUGCUGGCCGAAUCAAUGACAUCGCUUGGGACGGAGAUUCGCAACGCAUCAUCGCUGUGGGAGACGGUAAAGAGCGCUUCGGCCACUGCAUCACAGCCGACAGCGGAAACAGCGUGGGAGAGAUCUCAGGACACAGCUCUCAGAUCAAUUCUGUAUCCAUCCGUCAACAACGUCCCCUGCGUGCUGCUACCGGUUCUGACGACACCAGCCUGGUCUUCUACCACGGCGCCCCAUUCAAGUUCAACACCAGUCUACGCGGAAAGCACGACAAGUUCAUCUAUGGAACCGCAUUCAGUCCGGACGGUGCUUCCCUGGUCAGUGUCGGUAGCGACAAGCGUAUCUGGUUGUACGACGGCAAGACUGGCGAGGCCAGGAACCAGAUCGGUGAAGGCGAGCACAAGGGCAGCAUUUUCGGUGUUUCAUGGGCCAAAGACUCCAAGAAGCUCGUCACCGCUAGUGCUGAUCAGACCGUCAAGAUCUGGGAUGUCGAGGCUGCCAAAUGUGUUCAGACCUGGCGCAUGGGCGAGGAGGGCGCUGUGAGCAUUGCCAACCAACAAGUUGGCGUCACCUGGCCCAGUGGACGUAGUGAUGGACUUGUCAUCAGUGUCGAUUUGGAUGGCAACCUCAACUACUUGCAAGAAGGCAACGACAAGCCUGUUCGUGUCGUUCACGGUCACCAAAAGGCCAUCACCGCUGCUGGAUACACACCCAAAGACAAGACUCUAUGGACAGGAAGUUACGACGGCCGUGUACGUGCUUGGGACCUUUCGACCGCAGAGGCCAAGAAUGUCGAUGGCGAGUCUCCCAAGAACUAUGUCAGCGGCUUCGCACCAUCACAGAGCGAUGGUCGCAUCUACUCAGUCUCGUGGGACGACACUCUCAGAACCAUCGACGCCUCUACACGUUCCUUCAUUGGCUCUUCCAGCAAGACUGAUGGUCAGCCCAAGAGUGUCACCGUAGCUGCAUCAGGUUCGAAGCCUGUGACAUUGGUGGCUACCAAUUCUGCCAUUACUCUUUACAACGAAGGUGAACAGAUUGGCUCUCUGCCCGUCUCGUUCACACCUACCAGCAUUGCUGCCAAGGAUGACAUCGUUGCCGUUGGUGCGGAUGACAAGGUUGUGCGUAUCUACACCCUUUCUGGUAACUCAUUGUCUGCUGCAGCAGAGAUACGUGAUGCCACAGCUGCUGUCUCAACCCUUUCCUUCUCUCCUUCAUCGUCAUGCCGUCUCGCAGUCGGUCUCAGCAACGGCAAGAUCUACGUCUACACCUCAUCUUCACCAUCAGAAUGGGCUCUGACUACUAACCGCUGGUCUGCCCACACUGCCCGCGUCACUUGUAUCACCUGGUCGCCUGACGGUGAAAAGGCCGCCAGUGGUGGUCUCGAUACGAAUGUCUUUGUCUGGAGUCUCGCCGACCCAGGCAAGCGCGUGAAGGCCAUGAACGCCCACAAGGAUGGUGUUGGCGGUAUUGCCUGGACUGAGCCCUCAAAGAUCAUCAGUUGCGGAGCUGACGCUGCAGUCAAGGUCUGGAAGGUUGAGAAUGUGCAGUAG